CACACGCACACACACACACACACAUUGUCUUUUAUUCUUAUAUAUUUUGAUUCCCAAAUAAAAAGUACACUGCUCACUCACAGGCGCUGAUCCCUCUGUAAGGUCACAAGGUCACUCUGCAGCGUUAUCCUCCUGCGCUCACUGUGGGGAGGAAGACACACAGAACAGACCUACUGAACAUGUACUAAUUUCCAGUGCUUCCCGACAUGGAUUACUCCAUCAUACAGGCGACAAUGACCCCUGGUGGUGGAUAGAUUCUGUCUUUUUUCAUACUGUACAAUAAACUAAAAUAUACUUCUCAUAAUCAAAAUAACAGUGUUAAAAAAGCAAGUAAAAAAAAAAAAAACUUUAAUAUCAUACUAGUAGUCACAGCAAUCAUUCAACCCCUGUAUUAUCUAAAAUAAAAGGAUACAUGAGAGGUUCUCUCUGGUUUGCGCUCUCACCUCUGUAGCAGUCCUUCCGGUCCCUGUUUUGUAUAAACACCUCGGUUAUCCUUGGCACCGUCCAUAUACCAGGUAGACAUAAUUUAUUUUUCACUACUGGCAUGACAGGAACCACAAACCUUUGAAAUCGAAGGCUCACAAACAGCCGCCUGGGAUUAACAUGGAUUAAGGGUUAGUUGGAUUACUCUCUCAUAGGGGGAGGAACAUGGGAUAUUGACAUUACUGUCAUCACAGAUGAAUUGGAGAAACCUUAGUAUCUUUGCUGUCUUCACUAUGAGUAAGAAAAUAUAUAGGACAAAUAAUGUUACACUAAUGAAUAACCUCAAUAAAAUGAAAGUAAUGUCAUUUGAAUGUCUGAUAGUAAAUAAUAAACGUUCAUAUUUAGGACAUUUUAUUUUACUGUAAAUGCACGUAACAAUGUUUUGUUGUAGUACAGUCCUUUAGUCAUUUCACACGGAUCACUUACGCGCUAUGUUAAGAUAUGGGGGACGGUUUUUCAUGUAACACAGGAUACACUGACAGCUCCACUUCAUUUGUUUAAUUAAUGAAGACGCAUUUGGUGAAAAUACCACCAGCGCUUAUCCACACACCGAUUAAUGUUAAUGACAACAAACAAAUUGUAGUUUAGUGUAUUUUACUCACUAAAUCGCUAACGUCAGCAUCAGAUCACACACACCACUUUUCAGUCGCCUGUCAGAUAUCGUGUUAGUUAAAAUCAAAACAGUGGCGACAACAAGGAAGCAUAGAGAACACAAGACCGACAAGGCACCAUGACAUGGUUUAGUUUCGCAGGUCGGGUGUGGGAUCGCGUGGAGAAGACGUGUCUCCACCUGCCUAUCGUUCUGAACACCGUUCUCGUGUUCUCCAUCACGGCGGAGGUGAGCUACCUGGUCCUGGUCGAGGCGCCGCUCCAACCGGACCAGAAGAAGACCCAGUGGUCUACCGUGUGGAAGACUCUGCACCUCCUCGUGCAGUACUUCAUGUUUGGCAACAUCACAUGGAAUGCCUCGCUGUUUCUGAAAACCAGCACCAGCAUUCAAGGAGUGUUCCUGGGUUCAGAAGGCAUGGCACAAGGCUGGAGGUACUGCUACACAUGUGAGACCCACACUCCCCCACGGUGCUCACACUGCUAUGACUGUAAGGUGUGUGUUCUGAGACGAGACCACCACUGUGUGUUCUUCGGCCAGUGUGUGGGCUUCCGUAACUACCGCUACUUCCUCAGCUGUCUGCUGUUCAUGUGGACGGGGCUGCUGUACGCUGUAGUGAUGAACGCUGAGGUCUUCAUCAUCAUCCUGAAGGAAGGAGUCACGCUGCACAGCAUCCUGCUACUUCUCAUGCCCUGGAUCAUGCUCGUCUCUGGUCAGGUGACAGCGCGGGCCUUUGCCUUUGCCUUCAUCGCAGACACCUGUGUGUUGGGCUUCCUGCUGGUGGCAGCCUUCCUCUUCUUCCACCUUUUCCUCCUUCUGCGAGGCCAGACCACCAGAGAGUGGUACUCCAUCCGCAGGCCCUACAACCUGGGAUUACUGGGCAACUUGCGGCACGGCCUGGGUACCCGCUGGUACAUCUGCUGGCUCUGCCCACUCAUCCCCUCCCCACUGCCUGGGGACGGCAUCCAUUUCCAGGUCACAGAGUCACUGGAGUCGGAUCCCAACCGCUCACGGUAACCCUGGUAAUGUGACGGACACAGGUGUGUGAGGAUGGCAGUGACACCUUGCAGUGCAGGCGGGUGGUGUGGCUUCGUGGAGAAGUUUGACUGUAAAUCUGAAAGCCUCUUCACCCACUGCUUUCCCUGUUUGCUGAGUCAGUGAGAGGGUGGGUGGGACGGCAGGUGUAGCUGCAGUAUCUCAAGGUUGCUCUGUACUUUGACCCAUUGUAUAUGUGCCGACAUUAUUUGAUCCAUCCAAGUCAAUCAGCUAAAUGAGAAAGCAUGUAUUUAUUGGUUUGCUUGCCUCAGCAGUUAAAACAAUUAAAUAAGCAUUGAAAUGUGAGUCCACUGAAAUGAUAAAUGUUUUGAUUGUUCAUUGAUUGUACUGUAUUGAUUUCUUGCUGAGGUUUGCUGUGAAGGUAGGAUUGUUGAUUUGGAAGGAGAUCCCCCACACUUACUAGUGCUGGAACAAGUCUUUAUAAUGAUGUUGAUGUCCACUCUUUUCAUUGUUAUUUGUCCUGAUUGAGUGUGCCUUUGAUUUAUUUACCUACAAAACCUGCCUUGCCAAACCAGACAUGUACACUUGGCGUACAGUUUAUUAAGUACACCACCCCGUUCAUGAAAGUGGAUCACCCCUACAGACAAUGAGUCACGUGGCCAGGGCUUGCUAUAUAAAGCAGGCAUCGAGGCAUUCAGUUACUGUUCUAAUGGGCUAAAUGAGUGACCUAAGCGACUUUCAGUGUGUUAUGAUCGUCGGCGCCAGUAUCUCAGAAACGUCUGCCCUCCUGGGAUUUUCAUGCACGACAGUGUCUAGGGUUUCUCGAGAAUGGUGUGACAAACAAGGAGUUUCUAGUAAGCAGCAAUUCUGUGGAUGAAAACAGCUCGGUGGUGGAGGAGGUCGAAGGAGAAUGGCAAGAAUCGUGGAAGCUAACAGGCGCAGUACAAACAAACCAAUAACGGCGCAGUACAUCAGUGCAGAACGGCAACUCGAAAGGCACAACCCAGAGAUCCUUGUCAUGGAUUGGGCUACUACAGCAGACGACCACACCGUGUUCCACUGCUAUCAGCUAAAAACAACAAGAAGGGGCUCCAGUGGGCAUUCGAUUACCAACACGGGACAAUUUAGGAGUGGAAAAACAUCACCUGGAACAUGACAGUGAUUUCAGUUUACUUCAGUGGCCUGCACAGUCCCCAGACCUCAACUCUAUACAGUAUCUUUGGGAUAAGAUGGAAUGGGCAAAAGGGUGUCCGACCUGGUACUUGACAUUUUUAUUUAACCUUUAUUUACUAGAUGGGUGUACCUAAUAAACUGGCAAUUGAGUAUGUUUUCACUUUAUGUUGAGUUUAAUUGAAGGCCUAUUGAUUGUGUUUUUACCUCAGCUGCAGAGACAUAGAGAUUUAUUGUUAAUUGCAGCAUGGUAUGUUGUUCAAGUUUGAGAGGGAUGGCCAAUGCAGCCAUUUUUUUAGCUCAAUAUCAAGUACCUUACUGUGAUUGUUUUCAUUUAACAUGGUCAAAAAUAGUUACUUUACCAAGAGCAAUUUCUCAAGCAAUCAUUUUGCUCAGACUGUCUAGGAGUGGUCUGAGUGGGAAAACAGAAAAUGUGCUGUUAUUGGCAGAGAUGUUUGGAACUCUCUUUAUUAUUGGUCUAUUAACUAAUUUACCACCUGGUGAUGUCACCAGACAGGCCAAAACUCCAUCCAGCCAAUACAUGCUGACAUUUCAGGCGGUCUUUUCAAACAGCUCUUAAACUGAAAGGGUGUUUUCAACAUUCUCACAGUAUUAUUCCAACCUCAUAUUGUGGAAAUACAGUGCCUUGAAAAGGAUUCAGAACCCUUGGAUUUCUUCACAUUUUAUUGUUCUUCAAGUGGGAUUCAAAUAUAUGUAAUUGUCAUAUUUUUUGUCAACAAUAUACACAAAAUAUUCUGUAAUGUCAAAGUGAAAAAUGAUAUGUUUUUGUAAGAUUAAUACAAAAUGAAAUAACUAUAGUCAGUUGUUGCAUAAGUAUUCAGUACUUUGUUUAGGCAAGCCUAAAUUAGUUCAGGAGUAAAAUGUGGCUAAACAAAUCACAUCAAAAGUUAAAUGGACUCUGUAUGAAAUAAAUGGGUUGACAUGA